AUGAAACGUGGAAAGCACCUACCUUUCCCAGCAGACGUUUCAGAACUCCCGCUCUAUGGUGUGAAUCCCCAUCAUUCUCGGCUUCCAACAACCUGGUUGACCUGCCUUGUUCUUCUCGGCUUCCUUGCAUUUCAUGCACGGUACAACAGCCUUGUAUCUGGUACAUCGUUCUUGCCACUCAAGCGCCCCCGGAAUCCUGCCUACCUCGUCAAAGCGCGGUCAGGUGCGGUGGCUUCGGAGAACAAACUAUGUUCUGAUAUCGGCGUCGACGUCCUGAAAGAGGGGGGCAAUGCUGUUGAUUCGGCAAUCGCGACUACUGUCUGUAUUGGUGUUGUUAAUAUGUUUUCUUCUGGCCUAGGCGGCGGAGGCUUCAUGACCGUCCGGAUACCUUCAAGUAGCCCUGGUAAAGCCUCUGAUAUGUAUACUAUUGAUUUUAAAGAGACCGCACCAUCAUUAGCAAAUGCGACGAUGUACGUCGGCACACCAGAAUCGUCCAAGUUUGGGGGUCUUGCCGUGGGCGUGCCUGGUGAGCUGCGCGGUCUGGAAGAAGCGCAUCGCCGCUGGGGCACCUUGAGCUGGAAGCGUCUCAUCGAACCGAGUAUUGCGUUGGCACAGGGAUGGAAGGUCGACCGAGAGCUGGCAAAGCGGAUCACGUGGUAUCCAGAUCUAAUGCUGAAGAAUCCCGAAUGGAGUGCCAUCUUUGCCCCAACUGGGAAAGUUCUACGACAAGGCGAGGUUAUACACAGGAUGAACCUCUCCUUGACUCUUGCUAUGAUUGCUAAUGAAGGGCCCUAUCGCAGACUUAUUGUCCGCAAAAUUCAACAGACUGGCGGAAUACUAACACAUACCGACCUGGAAAACUACACCGUACAAGUCAGACCUGCCUUGCAGGGUGUUUACAAGGGCAGGAAAGUUUUUACAUCCCAUGCACCUACCUCGGGCCCUGUUUUACUGCAUAUGCUAAAUCUAAUCGAGAACUUCGACAUGAAGGAAAGGACCAGCCUCAAUGUCCACAGACUAGUGGAGGUUUUGAAAUUUGGAUUUGCCGCCAGGACGAAAGUCUGUGAUCCGCUAUUUAACAACUCGACAUAUCGAAUUGGGGAGAUCUCUACAAAGGCUUACGCGGAUACGAUUUUUGGGAAUAUCACGGAUUAUCGAACACACCCUCCUGAAUAUUAUAAACCGGAGUAUGAUGUAUUGGAAGACCACGGAACGAGUCACAGUUCAGUUGUCGACAAAAACGGCAUGAUUUUAGACCCUAAUACUGGCAUCAUUUUGAAUAACGAAAUGGACGAUUUCUCGACGCCAGGUGUUCCAAAUGCCUUUGGCUUACGGCCUUCUCUCUAUAAUUAUCCCGAACCCGGGAAACGGCCCUUGUCUUCCACCGCGCCGACCAUCGUGGAGCACGAGGAUGUGUCUUUCUUCCUUGCACUUGGCGGUUCCGGUGGUUCACGCAUAUUUGGAGCGGUGUUUCAGGUUUUGCUGAACCUAGACUGGGGUUUAAACCUCAGUGAUGCAAUAGAGUUUGGUCGGCUACACGAUCAGUUAUUUCCGUUAACGAUGGAUGCAGAUGACGUAUACCCUCCCGAUAUCUUGAUGGACCUGAAGGGGCGCGGGCAUAACAUCACAGUGUCAGAUGUCAACCGUGUCGCUGCUGUGGUCCAAGCGGUUAUGCGGGAAGGCGAAUUCAUUUUUGCGGCAAGCAAUUCGAGAAAGAAUGGUAUAGCGGCCGGAUACUAA